AUGAAGCAGCUGUCCUCUCUCACCGUGCGCCUCGUGUCCAGCGCUCAGGUCGUGACGUCGGUGCUGAACGUAGUGAAGGAACUGACGGAGAACGCUCUGGACGCAGAGGCCACGAGCAUCGACGUCAAACUGGAGAACUUCGGUCUGGAGCGGGUGGAGGUGAGGGAUGAUGGUUGUGGGAUCGCGGCCCCAGAUGCUGCGGUGAUGGGCGUCCGUCACUACACUUCAAAGAUCUGCUCUCACCACGACCUGGACUCUCUGCAGAGCUACGGCUUCAGAGGAGAAGCCCUGGGAUCUAUCUGUGCUGUGGCCCAGGUGACUGUUACCACAAAGACCAGAGAGGACCAUGUGAGCACUCAGUACAGUCUGGACAGCAGCGGGACCAUCAAGGCUCAGAGGCCCUCACACCUGGGACAAGGGACCACAGUGUGCGUUCAGAAGUUGUUCCAGAACCUUCCGGUGCGGAGACAGUUCUAUUCUUCGUCUCAAAAAUGUAAAGAGGAACUGAAGAAGGUGCAGCAGCUGCUCACGGCCUUCGCCAUCGUCAGACCAGGACUGAGGCUGUCCCUGUGCCACAAUAAGACUCUGGUGUGGCAGAAGUCCAAGAUGGCCGACCUGAGGAGUGCUCUGGUGGCAACUCUGGGACCGAGCACCGUGUCACAGCUACAGCUACUACAGCACCAGUCCAAGGACCCACAGAUGGUUCUGGAGGGUUUCUUCCCUAAACCAGGAGCAGAGGUUUGCAGCAGCUCAGAGAGAAGCUUCAUCUACAUCAACGACCGCCCAGUGCAGCACAGGGACAUCAGCAAGAUGGUGCGACUGCUCUACAGCUCACAGUUUACAGAGGAUUCCAGAAACCGUUUUCCAACAUUCAUCCUGAAGAUCCACGUCUGCCCCUCAACCAUCGACGUCAACGUGACCCCAGACAAAACUCAAGUCCUACUGCAUCACAAGGACGCCGUAUUGGCCGCAUUAGAACAACUCCUGCUUUCGCUUUAUGGCUCCAAGUCCAUCACCAGGAGCCUCUCCGCGGAGCAGCAGUCUGGCACACAAGAUUUAGGCCCAAAAACAACUUCCAAAAGAAAAGAACCUUGUUCAGAAAGCCUGACCUCUGAGAUCAAAGACAGUUCCCAUAGCAACAGCUCCUCGUCCUCCGUCCUCGACGACUGGAUCGUGGACCAGAUUCCUUCUGACUUUUCCAUUUGCGAUGAUGAAAAUAUGGCUCAGAAUGCUUCAAACUUGACUUGGAAUUCUCCGGUAAAGCCUGAAGACAGUACGGAAGCCUGUAAGGACCAGAUCACUUCAAACAGAAGCAGAGCUCAGAACGAUGAUGACUUCACUGGGGAUUCUCCAGAUCCACCUGAAGAGACCAAAGAAGCUUCCAAGGACUUUUCUUCAGAGGCCUGGAGCAGAGGGACCGCCCUGAGAGAUGCAGAGUCCAACCAGCCUCUUCAGCCCAUCUCAGUCCUCCAGAACCAGCCUCUUCAGCCCGUCUCAGUCCUCCAGAACCAGGCAGAGAGACCGAGAGACCAUGGGGAACCUGAGGCUCAGCAACUCUCAAACUCCAUCAUUGAGAAGCGUGCGGCUCUCUCUGCGUUUGACGUUCUGUCCGGCCGUGUGGUGAGGACGCCGCUGUCUCCGGCCGCUCUGUUCGAGAAGGAGACCAGAACCAGGAUGGUUCUGGAGAACCCCAAAGCUUCGCUGCAGCAGAUCAACGACACCGUCCGCCAGAGAUGGACCGGGCUGAGCCAGGAGCAGAGAAAGAGGUUUGAAGACAAGGCCCAGAGACACUUGGAGCUCCAUGAACGGGCUAAACUGUGGUCUGCAGAGGCCCAGAGACGACCUCCUCCACACGGGCACAAACGGAAGGCCGCCCCCCUCUCCAACCAGCAGCUCCUGGACCAACUCUUCUCCGCUGACAAGAAGAAGAAAGUGUGUCCCUCCAAACCCUCUCGCUCUGUACGCUGCAGUGUGGAGGCUCUGAGGAGGAAGCUGCACCUCCUCUCCUCCUCCUCCUCCUCCUCCUCCUCCUCCUUUCCCCAGGGCGCCUCCUCGAUGUGUAGGCUCUCUUCCCUGGGCGCCUCCCCGGUGUGUAGGCUCUCCUCUCUGGGCGCCUGGCUCCUGGUGUCUGGGUCCUCCCUGCUCCUCCUGAACCCGUACAGAGUGGAGGAGGUGCUGCUGUUCCAGAAACUGAUGGAGGAGAACAGACUCCCUUCAAUGCAGCUGCAGGAGCCAGUCCUGCUGACAGAGGAGCUCCUGGGAUCAUCACAGCUGCAGACCCUGAGGACCAUGAAGCUGGAGCCUGUGGAGCUGGACGGGACCUCUCUGUUCUCUGACCUGCGACUGGUCCACAACGGCUUCAGACUCACCCUGCAUCAUCCAGGUGGACAGGUGAUGAUGGUUGCGGUCCCAGAGUGUGUCCCGUUCCCCGGGGUGUCAGACCUGCAGGAGAUCCUCCGUGCCGCGGUGCUGAAGAGCAGUGUGUCCCAGUGCAGGCCGCUCAAGGUCCACAACUACCUCAAGGGAGAGGCGGUGCGGCUGGUGCGUCAGAUGCCCUCCAUUGCCUCCAGGGCAGCUGUGGCGGACACCCUGCAGAGGAUGCAGUGUGAGCUGAGGCAGGACCAGGUGAGCUGUGUCCAUGGUCUGCCCUUCCUGGUGCCGCUGGUGGAGGUCCCAGACUCUGAGGACCAGGCCUUGGCUCUGGCUCAGACUCAGACCCUGUUUCCAGAGCCCUCAUGA